CACACCCAUUUGGGUAGGGACGGCCAUGGAAGAUGCGCCCUGGCGCUGGCUGCGCCGCAGCCGGGCCGGCAGCCGCAGUGUUGUGAGCGCACAAAGUGGGGAGCAUCCGCCUAGCGAGGUGCUGAAGCAUCACCACGCGGUGGAAGAGCUCGAGGACCGGCUUCUGGCGCUGCUGUCCGGCUUUCACCAGCAGGUGGCGGCUGACCAGCGCCAGGCGGAGCAACUCCAAGAGCGCCAGCUGGCACGCCAGGAGCAGCGCCUGGAGGAGGCCGAGAGGAAGCAGCAGGUCCUGGAGCAGCGCUGGGAGGAUCAGCAGAUGCAGCUCCAGAGCCUCCGGGAGGAGCAGGUGGCCUGUGAGGGACACCGUGCCCUGUGCAGCGAGCGCCAGAAGGCCCUGACAGCAGAGGUGCGGGCCUUCGGCGCGCAGAUGCGAAUCCAGCACACCGAGGAGGAGCUUCAGCGGAACUUGUCCGAGCGCCUCAGCCCACUGGAGCAGCGCCUGCGACAACUGGAGGCCCAGAGCCUCGCCAGCGCCAUGGCGCGAAUGUCGCGAGAGCGAGACGUGGGCGUUUGGCGCUCGGAGGACAGCUUUUGCAGCGUGGACCACGAGGACGGCAAGGAGGAGCCCAACGAGGGCGGCGAUGGACCCCGGGAGCCAACAAAGGUCCAAGGGGCAAUCGCCAGCGAGGUGCAGGAUGCCCUGCAGAACCUGGAGCAGCGUUUAGACGCAGAGCUUGCCAAAGUCCGCGAGCGCGAGCCGACGCCCACAGUGCUGAAGGAUGCCCUGCAGAACCUGGAGCAGCGUUUAGACGCAGAGCUUGCCAAAGUCCGCGAGCGCGAGCCGACGCCCACACUGCUGAAGGAUGCCCUGCAGAACCUGGAGCAGCGUUUAGACGCAGAGCUUGCCAAAGUCCGCGAGCGCGAGCCGACGCCCACACUGCUGAAGGAUGCCCUGCAGAACCUGGAGCAGCGUUUAGACGCAGAGCUUGCCAAAGUCCGCGAGCGCGAGCCGACGCCCACAGUGCUGAAGGAUGCCCUGCAGAACCUGGAGCAACGUUUAGACGCAGAGCUCGCCAAAGUCUGCGAGCGCUUGGAGUCGACGCCUCAAACGGAUGAACGCCUCUGCCUCGCCAAAGGCGAGCGCUUUGAAUCGGCGCCCUCUGGCCCGCCCGUUGAGCAGGUAAUUGAGCUGGUCGCAAAAGUGCAGGCUGGCUUCGCGGAAGUCCGGGGACACUUAGAUGCCGUGGUGUCGCAAUUAGCGCAGCUUCGACCAGAGACGAGGUCACAUCGCCUGGAAGGACUGGAAGCGAGGCUAGCGCGGCUCGAGACGAGAGAGGGAGACGUUCCGCAGCCCGUGGCCUCCUCCACCGGCGGCGCGCCCUUCGCCUCGGCCGCCUCGGCGGCGUCGGCGGCGGCGCCCUGGACGGCGCUGGCGCAGCUGUCGUCGGCGCUGGACGGAUUCGAAUCCGCGAUCCAGGAGGCUGAGACAAGCCUCGCCCUGUAGAUGUACUCCGGCGCCGUGAUUUGAACCGUGGCGCCUCGGAUCGUGACCAAUGCCGGCUGGAG